AUGAUGGAAGUGUCAAAAGGGGCUUCAGCCUCGCGGCGGACGGGAUCCGACUUCACCUCUGCAUCAAGCGUGUUCGACCAAGACUCGGAUCAUGCGUCGCAGAGCCCAGACAAUCCAUUCGAAAACGUUCGCCUCGGUCCUAACUACCAGAUCGUCAGGUUCAUUCGAAGCGAGAGCCACGGAGAUCUGUACCUGCUCGCGGCCCUCGAUUCCAGCGACAAGAAAUACGUGGCCAAGGCCAUCGACUUUAGGGACUGUACGUCAAAGUUGCGUAGACACCGACUGAAGCAUCUCAAGAGGCUGAAAGCGUCGUCGUCCUUUAUAUGUGUGUUUGAAGAGCAUGGCGUGAUAUGGGUGGUCCGCCACUGUAACGAGCCAGAGGUUGUCGGCAGUGGCAUUGCAUCCCGGCAACGAGCCAUAGAGGCGAAAAGAUCAGGACCCGGUGGUGUUAUCUCCUUGCAGCUGGACCCGGAAAGUGACACCCUUUCCACAGGAAUUGAGACAGCUAGUGUCAGUUCGACCAGCGGGCUGAGGGGUCAAGGUUGCCUGACCGACACUAAUCUCCUGCAUGACGGGAACUGCACCAACGGCACCUUUCCAGAGUCGACCGUGACGACAGUCGGGUCAAGCCCCAUACUCGAUGAAGACGAUCACCCGGUGAAUGACGAGGCACAGAAUCGCGACCACAUUGGAAGCAUAGGAAAUGUAUCACCGACUCAUUCUGGAGAUUUGUUCGAAGAAGCCGAAGUGUCUUCCGAUGCCCUCAUCGGAAGACAAGACAAGGCAGAAAUCAGGAAACAAGCAGGAAAGGCUCGGUGGAGGAAGAUCCAAAGGUACCGGCGUCAACUCCAUACAUUGUCCUUACCACCCACGGCUACUUUCCUACCACGAAAAGUCCCGGUCCAGCUGUUGAUACCCGGGCCGGCUGUCGAUGUUUUGGAUGGUGGCAAACAAGGAGGAGACGAACGGCCAGCGAACCCCCUUGGUCGUGUCUGUAAGGGAUACAAGUCUGGCGGAGCCUGCCUGACCUAUUCGUUCUUCUACACGGCCCCGGAAGAUGCCCAUCCCCACAGUUACUUAUUGCUGUGGGACGAGAGCCAUUCCGCUAUGAAUCUGGUUCGUCUUUCUGUGGGAAUCCAGAAGUGUACGAUUUGCAAACUACUCAAGGAGGAAGUGGACAAGAUCUUCUGGAUAGAGAAGAUGUUGGUGUCGAGGGUGGACUUCGACCUCGGGUAG